UGACAAUGUCACUCUAUAACCGUUAUUUCGCAGCAUUACGAGUGGCUUUUACUAAAAUAAGGCGUGUUAUUGCCCAAAUAAAUAUUAAAUUUUGGUCAUUAAUUGCGAAUUAAUAAUAUAUAAUUUAAUUUUACAUCAAGUUCAAUGAAGGUUCUUAUUUCUAAAACUUCUACUCUCGAAGAUUUUAAACAAAGAAGGUGACAGAAACAAAGAGAUGUGCGGAAAUAGCAUAAAAUAUAGCAGAUUAUGCUAAUCGUUUGUAUAAGAUAAAAGCAAUAUUAAGAAUUGUACUUACAUCAAAAUGUUGUUUCGAAGUCUUGUAUGUAAGUAAAGACACAUGCGUUGCAUCGUUAACUGACAGUAGAUGCAUAAUUGUAUAUGAUGUGUGGAAAGCUUCGGUCUUACUCUGAGCCAUUUGACAGUGAAACUACAAAAGACUACAAGAUGCCAAAGACCGGUCCUUAUGGAAGCGCUCAAUAUCUCUCCCACAGCAAACUUCAGUCGCCGUUGACAACCAAGUGGCUGAAUGAACAUUAUGAGGUGGCACCGGGUGUUAGUUUACCGCGCAGUUCUCUUUACCAACAUUACUUUUCGGAUUUUUGUCAAAAAAGCGUUUUAAGUCCAGUCAAUGCAGCUAGUUUUGGAAAGAUUAUUCGUCAUAAUUUUCCAAAUUUGAAAACUAGAAGACUUGGGACCAGAGGACAGUCCAAGUAUCAUUAUUACGGUAUAACAAUCAAAGAGACUUCGCCUUAUCACGACACUUUGUUAAAUAAUGGAAGACAGGCCACGCAAAAUUAUGCUGCAACUAAGGCCACUGCAACUGUCAAAAAUCAGACAUAUACUUCUGGAAAAAGUUCUAGCUCAAAUCAACAUUGUCUUAUGUCCUCUUCCGGUGGUACCCUCUUGCCUUCGUUUCCAAAGAUCGAAACAUUAACUUUACCACCAAGUAUUCCAAGUGACAAGGUACGAACAUUUUUGAUCAUGUAUCGAGCUCAUUGCCAACGUAUUUUGGAUACAAUUCUACGAGCUAAUUUUGGAGAGGUUCAAAAAUUUUUCAUUCAUUUCUGGCAAGGAAUGCCUGAACACAUACUUACGAUCCUAAGCUGUCCUGAAGUUAUCAAAUUGAUUGGAGUAUGUGACGAAAUAUUAUUUAAGGCAAUCGGAAGUGUGUUGAUUCCUGGAGUUCUCCAACCACUGCCAGCAAGUUUGACGCAAGCAAUUCGACAAUUUGCUACCCAGUUAAACACAUGGUUAGAAUCAUCGCUUGCUCAUUUUCCUGAGAAACUUAAAGAGAAAAAGAUAAAAGUUGCCAAUGUUUUCUCGAAGUCACUUCGCCGUAAAACAUCACUGACUCAUCUGGCACAAGCAGCGAGAACUGUUCUGCAUAGCAGUGAGCCUGUGCUGCAAAUGGUAAACGACUGGAGGAGUGUUGAUUUUAAUAAGAUUCUCAAGCAAACGCUGUGGACAUUUUCAUCUAACCAUGAGGACGAUUGCCGUGUUAUAGAAACAUUUCUUCAGCAGUUUACUCAACUUCUUGAACAACAAGCAGCCAUCGAUCAAUAUGCGGAAUGGGCUAACAAUCUUGUUGACACAUGCCUUAAGAAAUAUUUGGAUAAGAACUACAACGAAGAAAAAAUAAAAGAGCACUCAAGACAAUUUCUUUUAAAGUGGUCAUUCUUUGGCAAUCAAGUAAUGCGUGAAUUGACAUUAAAGAGCGCUCAAAGUUUCGGUUCGUUUCACUUACUCCAUAUACUUCUGGAAGAUUACAUAGUGUAUUGUGUUGAGACCAAGAUAACUAGUGAUCAAACCUCUUACCCGAGUGUUGAGCUCGAAAAUAAACAGACGAGUUCCGAGCAACAGAGUCACGAAAUAGAAACAACCCAUGACGCAGAAAUGAAAGAAAAUUCAGAGACGCAAGUGGACAUGGAACUACCAACCCCUGCCCAAUUUCAACAGACACAACCUAAAUCCGCAGGAACAUGUCCUGAUGACAAAUUAAAUACACCUGUGUCUUCAGUAUCUGUCAAUCAAACUGGGAACGAAGUAGAUGAUCGGGACAAAGCAAUCAAAAUGCUCGGAACUGGUCUCAAUAUGAUGCCUGAAGCACGAUCUGAGCUUUACUAUAGAGCUAACAACCAAAUGAACAAUUAUCUUCCCGGCAGGAGAUUUGGUAGCGUUUCAAUGUCACCUUAUAGUAUGACUAGUCCAGGGCAAAAUAUGUCUAACUAUGAAGCAUUCUUUGGAUCAAUGAACACGGUGCGUUCUUCAGGUGAUCUAAAAUCAUACGCACCGUAUAUAUCACAGAAUACCCAUUCUUACAUUGGGAGGUAUGGCCCGCCAAGUAUGGUGGCGGCGGGUUCGACAAUUUAUGCCCGAAAUUUUCAUCCUUCAACAACCGAGCAUUACCGCAAUGAUCAAUUAGCUGGACGAAUGAAUUAUGAGCGACGAUUUCAGAAUCGUGUCGUAACGGAAACUCCGGCUUCUGUUUUAGGAGGACUUUGAUUUGAGCCUUCCUGCCAUGCAGAGUAUUGAUUUAGACGUUAUCUCACUACACAUUUUUUGUCAGCGGUAAAACCCAAACUUUCAUAAUGAAUACGUUUAGAAAAAGCGACAUUCGGUCAUUAAAACAGUCUUAGGAUACAAACAUUUUAUAAAUAUUGAUACUUG